GUCAAUGAAAAGAUUUGCGCAACUCUUGUGCGUCACUGUUGCAUUUUAACGCCACAUCUCCGCGGGGCUGCGUGUGCGCUUGCCUUUGUGUGUGACCGUCGCUCCGCUCCUGUUUUUUCUUCCCACCCAGGACUCGCGCUGGAACUUCGAUGCUGGAUCUAUUAGAUUUGUGGCUGCAAACAUGCUGAGCAGCGUCCUCGUGCUGAGCGUCCUCACGGUCACCAGCCUCUCGCCGUCGGAAACGGAGAGCCGCAAAACUUCAGCGUCUAAAGACAUCUGCAAGAUCCGCUGCGCCUGCGAGGAGCGCGAGAACAUCCUCAACAUCAACUGCGAGAAUAAGGGAUUUACCACCGUCACUCAGUUCCAGGCUCCCCCCAAUAAAAUCUCUCAGCUCUUUCUAAAUGGAAACUUCCUGUCACGGCUCAGCGCCAAUGAGUUCGUCACUUAUGGCAACGUCAGCUCACUGCACCUGGGAAACAAUGGUCUGCAGGAGAUCCGAACUGCGGCUUUCAACGGGCUUCGCUUCCUGAAGCGCCUCCAUUUGAACAACAACAACCUGGAGGUGAUUAAAGAGGACACGUUUGCAGGACUGGAGAGUCUGGAGUAUUUACAGGCAGACUAUAAUUACAUCAGCACCAUAGAGCCAGGUGCUUUCAGUAAGGUGAAUAAACUCAAAGUGCUGAUCCUGAACGAUAAUCUUUUGUUGUCUUUGCCACCUAACAUUUUCCGCUUUGUGCUGCUCACACACUUGGAUUUACGUGGGAAUCGACUGAAGAUGCUCCCGUUUGCCGGCGUCCUGGAACACAUCGGUGGCAUUAUGGAAAUCCAGCUGGAGGAGAACCCGUGGAACUGCACCUGUGAUCUGAUUCCUCUGAAGUCAUGGUUGGACACUAUCUCAGUCUUUGUUGGGGACAUUGUGUGUGAGACGCCCUUCAGGCUGCACGGUAAAGACAUCACGCAGCUCAUAAAGCAGGACCUGUGUCCGCGCAGGAAUGCUGGUGAGCGUGCCCACCCCCCCCCUGACUCUCACUUUCAAGGAGCCCUUUCCCCAACCUACCACCCUGGCAUGGUCACCCCCACCCGUGCCCCAAAAGCUUCCCGCCCUCCCAGAAUACGCAACAAGCCCACCCCUCGCAUCUCAAAGGACAAACACGUUUUUGGACCCAUCAUGGUUUAUCAGACACGCUCUCCUGUGCCCAUGCUGUGUCCCAGCGUGUGUGUGUGCACGUCACAAAACCCCGACAGUGGACUGAACAUCAACUGCCAGGAGAGGAAGCUGCACAACAUCAGUGAGCUCAACCCCAAACCCUCCUACCCAAAGAAACUGCACCUGACUGGAAACUACCUGCAGAUCAUUUACAGAACAGACCUGACAGAGUACAGCUCACUGGAGCUGCUGCAUUUAGGAAACAACAGAAUCGCAGUGAUUCAGGAGGGCGUGUUUGAGAACCUAACAAACCUCAGACGCCUCUAUCUCAAUGGGAAUUAUAUUGAUACACUUUCUCAGUCACUGUUCGCUGGCCUGCAGUCGCUCCAGUAUCUGUACUUGGAAUACAACAUCAUCAAAGACAUUCUACCACAAACAUUCAACUCCCUGCACAACCUGCAGCUGCUGUUUCUCAACAACAACCUGCUACGCUCGCUCCCCGACAAUGUUUUUGGGGGAACCAUGCUGACGAGACUCAACCUGCGGAAUAAUCAUUUCUCUUACCUUCCAGUCAAAGGUGUGUUAGACCAGCUCUCAGCCUUCAUCCAGAUCGACCUGCAGGAAAACCCCUGGGACUGCACCUGCGACAUCGUGGCGCUGAAGAACUGGAUGGAGCUGUCCAGCACCAGUGUGGUGGUGAAUGAAAUCACCUGCGACUCACCCUCCAAACACGCGGGGCGUCUGCUGCGCUCGCUCCGCAAUGAGGCCAUCUGCCCUGAGCCCAGUGAGGUGCCCCCACCCCAACAUGCACCCCCAACAAAAAAACCCACUUUAAUGAGCCCCAGCACUGAAGCCACCACCCCCUCUUCUUCUCCCUCGUCUUCUUCUCCCUCGUCUUCCUUUAGCUCUGUAAUCCCCACUGAAUCCAGACUACACACCCCAGACUUACACCCUGAGGUCCCACUCUCAGUCCUCAUUCUCGGGCUUCUUGUUGUCUUCAUCCUGUCCGUGUGCUUCGGAGCAGGCCUCUUUGUGUUUGUUCUCAAGCGACGCAAAGGUGUGGAACACGUGCCCCCAGGCGCCAACAACUUAGAUCUCAACUCUUUUCAAGUGCAGUAUGGGUCGUACACUCCAGAACCCACUCAAGACAAAAGCUCUGAAAGCCACAUGUACAACUACAUCCCCCCGCCUGUGGGCUCCAUGUGCCAAAACCCUAUUUACAUGCAAAAGGACGGUGAACAGGUGGCUUACUACCGAAACCUGAAGGAGCUUAGCUUUGGGCCCUUGGAUGCAAAGAAAGAGGAUGUUGUCACUCGCAGCCCAGGAGCUUACACCAUAAGUGCAGUGGAUUUUAUGGAUAAAUCACCAGCACCAUGUGGUUUGACCUCCCCUGAGCCUCCUGAGGUGCUUUAUCAGAACAUUGGGGAGCGGCCCAACAAGGAUCUUCCCACAGCUGCAGGCAUCCCUCCUUUCAAUUACAACUUUUGCACUUUACCCAAGAGACCGUGUAUCGUUCCCCCGUAUGAGGUUGCUGCAGCCCGGAGGUUUGUCGCCAACCAGGAGCAGCUGAACAAAAGUGUGCUGUACGGAACGCCCAGGAAGUACUACACGUCUGAACACACGCCCAGAAACACUGAGCAUCCACUGCUGCUCCCCGGGAAGCUAAAAACAGAACCAGACUACUUGGAGGUUCUGGAGAAACAGACUGCGAUGAGCCAACUGUAAGAUAGCAACACCCCCACCCCCCCCUUCAUAAUAAUGACGCAGUUACUCUAAUAAUAGCCCUCUCUAUAUAUCUAUCUUAUCUGUGUUCAAUCCUACAUGAUUGACUGGAGGUGAACUCUUUUUUUCUGCCCUCUGAUUCUUCUUUUGAUUUUAAUUUUCUAAAAUGUAUAAAAGGAGUAUAAGAAAUAUAUUAUUAUGCAGUUCUAUUUUUUCCUCCUGAAAAGUAUAAAUUAUUUCUUCUUUCUGAAAGAUUUUAAUUCCAUAAAAGACUUUAACGACAGCAGGUAUAUAAUGGGCAGGACUGUGUACGAUCACAGCUUUGUGCUUUUCAAUAAACUGUAUUUGAUUUUCCCCGUGAACAAAGACAAACAGAAAAAAGGAUGAAAUCACUGUUGUUUGUAGAGGAAAUGCUACAGAUCCACAUUCCUGUACAUAUUUAGCGCACAGACAUAAACUAUGAGUGUGACACCAUAAAAGAAAAUAUUUUUCAUUUCAACAAGCGGCAAAAUCGUAUUAUACUUUCUCCAGAAAGUGCCUUUGCACUGAUUUACCAACGAUGCCCCUGCAAAAUGGAAAUGUUGCUUUUCUUCUCUUAAAGUGCUGUAUUUUAAGACUCAAAUCUUUAUGUAAGAUGUAAAACUGAACAAAAAGAUAAAGUGUGUGAAAUGAUGAACGAGCUGUUGCCAGGGAGAAUCCUGUUGUUUUGCUUUUCAGUAUGAAGACGUAUGUUUGUAUAGAGUGGAGAAUACAGUGCGGCAAAAUGGCGCCAUUAAAUUUUCACUGAAGCACUUUGUCAAGA